ACGAGUAGAAAGUCACAUUUGUAAAACGCAACUGAGACAUCUUGAGGCCUGCCGUAGGAUUUUUCACUAUCAGAUGGCUAACGAAUCGGACGAGAUAGAAGAAGUAGAACAUGAUGCAUGGGUCGACUCCAUGAUGAAAAGGGCUCAAAGCAUUGGGAGCCGUCCAUCACAGACCGAUCCCUGCACCAUCUACCGCCUCCCAAGCAACAUUCGCCAGGGCGACGUCAAUGCCUAUGAACCGCAUAUCAUUUCGAUCGGCCCAUACCACCGGGGGAAGCAAAGCUUACAAGCCAUGGAAGAGCGCAAAUGGCACUAUCUACAUGCACUCCUCACCCGGAACCCUGAUCAUUCCUUGGCCCAUUACAUCAAGGAAAUCCAGCCGUUGGAGGACCGGGCAAGGAGCUGCUACUCGGAGAAAAUCAAUCUCAGGAGCCAUCGGUUCGUAGAGAUGAUGGUGUUGGAUGGUUGCUUCAUCAUCGAGCUCUUUCUCAACAUCGACGGAAAGCGAGCCGUUGAGGUGGGCCCCACUUAUCGUAAUGAACGGAUGGUGCCUCUUAUAAGCCAUGACAUGCUCCUUUUAGAGAACCAGCUUCCUUUCUUCAUUCUCCAACGUUUGUUCGAACUAGUCAACAGGUCAAGCUCUUAUUCUCUAGUCGAUCUAGCCCUUAAUUUCUUCGAUCACAACUUACCAAGGAACGAGGCAAUCCAGCCGUCCAAAGUAGUCCAUCAUUUGCUACACUUGUUUCAUUCACAUAUCAUACCAGCCCCAUUUGAGAGAUCACAAGAAGUGGGCCCCACCACAGCUUUUGACCGUAGACUGAUUUUGCCACCAAGAUCAAUACCGUCCAUGGCGGAGAUCCUGCAGGCUGGGAUCUUGUUCAAGAAGAAGAAGGCGGGAAGCUUCUUGGACAUAACGUUUUCGGACCUUGUUAUCAAAAUCCCAGCAUUGUCUAUCUAUGAUUCAACUACAAACACUUUAUUCCGAAACAUGAUUGCCUUCGAGCAAUGCUAUCCGAAAUCUGGAACGUACUUCACAAGCUAUGCCAUCUUCAUGCAUUGCAUGCUCCAAACGACGAAGGAUGUAAUGGUGUUUAAGCAAUGCAGGAUCAUUGAACACUGGUUGGGCAGUGAUGAAGAGGUGGUCCAUCUCUUCAAUCAGAUUUGCAAGGGAUUAACCGUUGAUUUUAAGGAUAAUUACCUCUUGGGCCUGAUUAAUCAUGUGGCCGAAGUUUGCGAGAGAAAUUGGCACACAUGGCAGGCUAGGAUGAUGCGUGAUUAUUUCCGUAGCCCAUGGUCCAUACUCCAAAUCGAAGCGACGACUCUCGCCCUGGUGUUCACCCUGGUGCAGGCCUCACUCGCCCUCUUCGCCUACUACCGCCCGCGGCCUUAAUCAGGGUUUAUGUUUUAAAUCAAUGCUAGUUUUAUGAUCAGUUGUAACUAUGGCUCGUUUGGAUAGACAUAUUGCAUGGUAAUGACUUGUAAAAUGUUUUGUCAAGUACAGUACCUAUCUCAUGGUUAAUGUGUAUUUGUUUCAAAA